GCAAAACAGAUUCUCCUGAAAGCGAAACUCCCACUUCUCGAAUACAGCUCCCAAUUCCGGAACGAUUACUCGACCAUAAAAGCAAAGAUGACAUCAUUGGCGAGUUUUUCUUUACCGGAUUACAUUACGCGGUGUACUGCCGCUCUUACUGAGCGAAAACUCCUUGGUAAAAGCGACAGCGUACCAAUAACGAAAGGCUUUUCCUGGUUCACCUAUGUUGGAUCAGAAGAAAACGCCAAGAUUGAAGAAAUUAUUCGAACUACUACUGCAGAGACCACAAUCACGUCUACUGCGACUCCUCUGAAGCCACCUACCCUACCACCCAUGAGGCCAUUACCGGAUCUCCGCAUACGGGAAGGCGUCAACGGCACUGCGAUUGCGGAAAGAAGGACCAUGGCAGAGGAGAAAACAUUCAGAGAUGGAGUCGAUGCUGAUUUGUUGAAUAUAGGACUAGCCACUGGUGCUCCGUUGGAUCUCGAAGCGGAAGGAGCUCACGUGGUUCCGUAUCGGACAAGAAACGUACCAGCAACUACGACGUCACUACCGCCUGCUGCAGUGCCUGUAUUCCACAAGGCGCCACACGUCCGACCGAAAAGUACAACGAAACCGAAAACGGCAUUCGAAAGACUUGCCGUCGAUUACAAGGAACGAUUGACGGGUGCCGGUGAUAUGGAUAAAUUCCUGAAAUCCAUCUAUUCAAAUGCCUACAUAGCCCUGAUUGAUGCCAAAGAAGCUCCGAAUGUCCGCCUGCCGCUGAAUAUGAGACGAGCAGCAGGACUUUACACUCAAUGA